AUGGCAGAGUUAAGUAUUCAGGACAAAAAAGACUUUGAACAACUUCUUAUCCCUCCCUGCAGCUAUUGGCAGGAAGCAAAAAAACACUUUAGUACUGAAGAAAUAGGUACAAUGCCCACAUGGGUCACCACUAUGAAACACCAUUAUAACCCUCAGUGAAACAUGUUCACAUGACUCACACACCACAACCUUAAGCAACCUACAACAGAUAGCUUAUAAAAUUGUAGAAAACCAUUUUAACAACAAUUGUGAAAACCUUUUAUUAUAACUUGUUAAGGGUAUUGCAGGCUAUGGCAAGAGUUAUGCCAUUGAGGCAUUAAGAAUUUUAAGUCCAACAAACUGCAGUGUUCGCUUACACUGAAAAAGCAGCAUGUCAAUGGAAUCACAUUACACUCUUUGCUUAGACUACUAAUUGGCACAAAAAGGCUCAAUGACCUCAAAAGAACAGCUCUCCUACAACUUCAAAGUAACCUUGAAAGUGUGAAAUACUUAAUAAUUGAUGAAUAUUCAUUUGUAGGCCAAGGUCUGUUUAGCUGGAUAGAUAGUAGAUGUAAACAAGCUAUUAGCAAAGCAAACAUACUAUUUGGUGGUAAUUCUGUACUUCUUUUGGUGAUAUAG